ACAAGAGAAAGCAAAGCAAGCUAAGCCUUAACAAAUGGCGGCCAUGUUGGUUCCUCCAUGGCUUGAAUCAUUGCUAUCAACAGCCUUCUUCUCCAUCUGCCCAUCACACAAAGAUGCCCCCAGAAGCGAAUGCAACAUGUACUGCUUAGAUUGCAACAAUGGCGCAUUUUGCUUUUACUGCAGAUCAUCAAGACACAAAGAUCACCAAGUAAUUCAGAUCAGGCGGUCAUCGUAUCAUGAUGUUGUUAGGGUGUCUGAGAUUCAGAAGGUCCUAGACAUCAAUGGAGUUCAGACUUAUGUGAUAAACAGUGCCAGAGUACUGUUUUUGAAUGAGAGGCCUCAGCCUAAAAAUGCCGUUAAGGGGAGCUCACAUAUCUGUGAAGUAUGUGCCAGAAGUCUCUUGGACCCCUUACGUUUUUGUUCAUUGGGAUGCAAGCUUGUGGGACUAAAGAAAAAUGGGGAAGCAAGCUUUAUCUUGAGCGCAAAGAAAGAAGAAGAGGAGGGAAGAAGGGAAGGAAUAGAAAUAAGAUUGCCAUCAAAAGAGUUAGAAGAUCAAUUGCCUCAAGGAAUGCAACAAGACUUGUACCAAAACACUCCAACUCCACCUCAUCAUUCAAAUUCAAAUUCAAGGAGAAGGAAAGGCAUACCUCAUAGGGCACCUUUAGGGCCCUAAUUACGUAAUUAGUGUUUCCUAGAACUUGCUUAGCCAGCUCAUUCCUCACAGGCUCCAUGUGUCCUAAACAUGGGGAAGCUGUCUUUAUGGGGUUUUAAAAGGAAUUAAAGUUGGGUUUAAGCACUUUUAAAUUGGGCUUGGGUUGGCUUUCGGGUGCAAUAAUGCUGCAUUAAUAUUUGAAACAUGCAAGGUGUAAAUGGCAUCCAGAUACACAUGAACCGUUUUAUAUGUAUAAAGAAACAACAGCUCAGCUUUUUUUAUUAUUUUAUUUUAUUUUUAUUUUUGUGGUCAGAUAAAAAAAAUACAUGUCAUAUAAUUUUUUUUAUAUUCAAUGUAUUGUAUGUAAUACUUUGUUUUCUGUCAAUAAUGUACGUAAUACGUGGUAUUUCAUCACAAGUGGUUGAAAAUAUAUGUUAUAUAUAAUUAAUACCAA